AUGAUGACAAUCGUAUUACACUAAGGCCAAUGUCAGGCCAUAAGGAUUGUACAAAUGAGUAUAUCAAUGCAUGCUUCAUUAAGGAUUACUCUGAUGAAUAUCAGUAUAUAGCAACACAAGGGCCUGUAUCAAGUACACUUGUUGACUUUUGGCGGUUAAUUUGGCAGGAGAGGCCACCUAUCAUUGUCAUGAUUACUAACGUCAUAGAGGAAGGAAAAGUGAAGUGUCAGCAGUAUUGGCCUGAUUCAGAUACAAAGGAUUAUGGACCAUUCAGUGUAACAUUAAAUGAUGAGCAAGUACUAACAGAUUAUACUGUUAGAAAAAUGCAUGUUAAGUUAGUAGAUUCAAAUGAUCAGCCUCCAUUGAUGAUCACACAAUAUCAUUUCACAUCAUGGCCUGAUCAUGGAGUACCUGAAUAUGCAACAUCAAUACUUCAGUUUCACCGUAGAAUUAAGAAUGAAUACAAACCUACCAAAGGACCGAUGCUAGUACACUGCAGUGCUGGUGUAGGUAGGACUGGUACAUUCAUGGCUAUAGACAUGGGACUACAACAGGCAGAGAAGGAAGGAGGGAUUGAUAUUAUAAGUAUUAUCAAUAGAAUGAGACAACAGAGGAUGAAGAUGGUUCAGACAGCAGAUCAGUAUAUAUUUGUGAAUGAUGCUGUACUUGAGUCAGUGACAUGUGGUAAUACACAGGUUGAUAGUAGGAAUGCUCGUAUUGUAUUCAACAGGAUGAGUAACCUGAUACUAAACUG